AUGUAUGCCUUGCAUUUACACAACUUUUAUCGUCAAGCCCUCCGCGACAAGUUUAGCCCAACGCAAUUCCAACGGAAGCUCUCGGCGGGGGUGGUCGGAGGAAAGGAAACCCUCCGCCACAAGGCGCAGUGGAGGCAUCUCGCUAGCGGCUGCGAAGGUGACGUCUACUCCUACAACGGGUCGGCAAUCAAAGUGUAUGACGGCGAGCGCACCCCGUUUCGUAAUUGCCUCGCUGGUACCUCUGGUAGGGCGAGGUGGCCUGUCGAAAUACCAGCAACUCUCCUUCUCGGAAACUACGACGUAUCGGGAACGAAUCGCUCAGAAGGUCUUGGUGACUUUGUCCCAGUGACGGACGCUUUCUUUUCGGGCAGCCUGGGAUCCCUCGCCAAAAGGCUGCGCGCCUCUGGGCGUAGCUACACCGUUACGGAGCUCGACAACAUGUAUAGACCUUCUCUUGGCCGCUUGCUAUCCGCACUCGAACACCUCCACCUUACGCACGGCCUCUGCCACGACGAUAUCAAGCCCGACAAUAUCUUUAUCGCACCAGAGGGCAUCCACUCGGACGCUAAAUCGCGAGGCGGAGUGCACUCGGAACACUGGCUUCUCGGCGACCUUGGCAACGCCCGCCAUCCAGCUCAUCCUUAUCACUCAUCCUACCUCUGGGGCCCUCACAAUGCGCAGCUACCCGACUGCCGCGCCAACGACGUGCUCCGUUUGCUCAAAUCGUACAUGACCUUUUGCGGAGCUCUGUCCCCGACCCCACCGCCUCAUUUGACCCUGAUUUCGUGGCGGGCAACCAGCCUUGGAGUUGCCUGUACUGGAGGGCAGCGGACGCACUUCGGCGAGGUGGGCAAGAGGCUACCGCGGCUUCCAUGGUGCACCACGUGUCUGAAGGCACGGUCCGUCCGGGAGCCAGCUCGACUGGGUAUAGGUGAUCCCGACCUGUACUACUGA